UCUUUUACUAUUUCAUUUUCUGGCACCUCAGAAGACGAAAGUACCCCUGAUGCUAUAUAUCUUAUCUCAAGCGUUUGUGGACAGGUUGGAUCCGAUUGUUCUGAAGCUAGCUCGUCCUUGCCGUGAGUGUUGCUCGCCGCCGUCACUGUUGCUCGCCGCAGUACGUAGCCGAUGUCUGCACAAGCCACCACAACUCUCCACUCUAGCUUGCCCACGCAUGUCGCCGUCGGUGCUCGUCCACGUCUGCACGCGCCGGUGCAGAUCACCAUCGCCUCGCGGAUGCUCGUGCGAGCCAGCACAGCUUGCCGCGGAUGCUCGCCCAGGCCUGCACGCGACAGCACAGCUCACCCUCCGCUGGUCGUGUUGGCGCAGCUCGCCUCAUGACAUGCUAGAAAAGUGUUCUAGUAGCGAGGCCAACGCUGAACAUCAGCACCAGCGGCGUGAUGGGAGUAGCCGCUGGAGAUGAUGUAUGCGUGUGCAGGUCUUAAAGAUGUUGAAUGCAAGUUAACAUGUACGUCAUGUUUGCUAUAAUCUGCACUUCAUCUUGGAUUGCAAUCUGGCAAUUACAUCAUGAAUAGCAUGACAUGUUUAGUUUCAUGGUGAGGAACAACUGAGCGACAAUUCGACAGAUGAAUAAUGCCGCAAAUUAGUCCAUAAUCCACUUGCUGCACUAUGUUCUGAACUUCUCAUGCACUAGUUGUAGCUUAUUCAAAGAUAGACAUCCAGCGAUGGACGCAAGACGUUCAGGCGAUAUCCGAUCAGGUAUGGGGCAAGCACAAUAUUCUCAGCUGGCAA